AUGAAGAAUUUGGUUCUGCCUGCCACUCUGCUGGCUUUGGUGUGCGUGUGUGAGGGCGUGACCUUCGGGCAGAUAUGCCAGGGGAACCCCAAUAACGCCAGGAGAGGGUCAGACCGGUGGGGUGAAGGCUACUACGGAGCAUCACGGGGGGGCAGGAGCCACCAAGGUCUAGACAUCAAUUGUGAAGACGGCUCGGUGGUCUACGCUCCAUUUGAUGUCACUCUCAACGGGAAAGUCAUUGUCUAUACUGACCCCACGAAGGAGGCCAUCAACAACGGCAUCAACAUGCAGGGCGAAGGUCUUUGCUUCAAAUUCUUCUACGUGAGGCCGGAUAAGGUUAGCGGAACGGUGAAUAAGGGCCAGCGUCUGGGCGUCAUGAUGAACAUGCAGAGCGUCUACCCGGGAAUCACCUCGCACGUGCACGUGCAAAUGUGCGACAAGAGUGAUCCCACAGGUUACUUCUGA